UGUUUGUUCACCUAGUCAACUCAUCUCUAUCCACAAAAAGGGAUCUAAAAGCUAACCUUACACAUCGUUUCCUCUCCAUUUUCAUAUGUUGCUGUGCUGAUGGGUGGAGGAACUACCUUUUUCUCAGUCGUUGUUCUACUUCUAGUUCAAUGCAUCGGCAAAGGAACAAGAGCUGCGAACCUCAGCAUCAAUGCCCGUCAGGACUACACUCAAUUCCUUCUUGCGAAUGGGGUUGCUUGUACGCCUCCAAUGGGGUGGAACAGCUGGAAUCAUUUCCAAUGUAAGAUUGACGAGUGGACUGUCAAAGCCACAGCUGAUGCUCUUAUUUCAACUGGUUUGGCCGCACUCGGAUACAAAUAUGUGAAUAUUGAUGACUGCUGGGGAGAGGGGAACAGAGACUCGAGGGGUAAUCUGGUAGCAAGAUCUUCAACUUUUCCUUCUGGAAUCAAGGCUCUUGCAGAUUAUGUUCAUGCAAGAGGCUUAAAACUUGGCAUAUACUCAGAUGCUGGUUACAGCACAUGCAGUACGACAAUGCCAGGCUCUUUUGGGCACGAGGAUCAAGAUGCAAGAACAUUUGCUGAGUGGGGGGUUGACUACUUGAAGUAUGAUAACUGUUAUAAUGAUGGUUCCAAGCCUCAGGAUAGGUAUGCAAGGAUGAGUUCUGCAUUACACAAGGCUGGCAGACCGAUCCUUUACUCUCUCUGUGAAUGGGGACAAGAGAAUCCAGCAACAUGGGCUAGUUCGAUCGGUAAUGCUUGGAGGACUACAGGGGACAUUAAAGACAACUGGGACAGUAUAACAUCAAUUGCAGAUGCAAACAACAUUUGGGGAAGAUAUGCAGGGCCUGGCAGGUGGAAUGAUCCUGACAUGUUGGAAGUGGGCAAUGGAGGGAUGAGUUUAGAAGAGUACCGCUCUCAUUUUAGCAUUUGGGCUCUUAUGAAAGCUCCUCUACUCAUUGGAUGUGAUGUCCGAUCUUCAAGCAAAGAGACUCUUAGUAUCCUUGGAAACAAGGAGGUGAUAGAUGUUAAUCAGGAUCCACUGGGAAUUCAAGGAAGGAAAAUACGUUCCAAAGCCAGCGUAGAAGUUUGGGCUGGGCCAUUAUCAAAGAGAAGAGUGGCGGUAGUAUUAUGGAAUAGAGGCUCAUCUCAGGCUCCCAUAACAGUGGGAUGGAGGGAAAUUGGUCUAUCUCCAUCUAAUCCUGUCACAGUCAGAGACUUGUGGACUGGAUUUGUAGGUGAACUGUUGGCAAAUCAGAAGAGGACCCAGAAACUGUGAAAUAAGGUUUUGGUAUCUGCUUACAAGGGCUAACUCAGGGAGAAAUUGAAGAUAAGAGCUUCAGGAUACAGGCAAUCACUUUCAAGGUGACCAAGAGGGUAAGUAGUUUCGCAAAGGGAGCACAUACCCUGUGUGGCUUAGUAAAAGGUCUGAAAGAAAGGAAGCGUGCAUCAUUUCCAACCCUGUCAGAUUCUAGUCAUUUCUUUCCUCACAGGUCUUCCCCGGUAGCAAUGAAAUCCUGCUCACAUACACACAUGAUCUAAUACCAAAUUCUUAAGCCUACCUUUCCUGUCUCUGUUACUAAGUACUCUUUCAUGUAUUCAUAUAUAAAUAUUGUUGUUCACAA